CCUCCACUUCCAGGGCUGGGCUUCUCCUCACACCAGCCAGACAGCCUACUCUCCACCCAGGGGAAGCGGCUGCCUCCGCCAGGCUGCUUCCAGGAAGCCCCGGGCCAGGCCCCAGCAUUGUUCGGGCCCCACAGCCGGCACCCCAGGCAGCCGGACACCAUGAAGUCCAGCGGCCCCGUGGAGCGGCUGCUCAGAGCCCUGGGGAGGAGGGACAGCAGCCGGGCCACCAGCAGGCCUAGGAAAGCUGAGCCACAUAGCUUCCGGGAGAAGGUUUUCCGGAAGAAACCGCCGGUCUGUGCAGUGUGUAAGGUGACCAUCGAUGGGACAGGCGUCUCAUGCCGAGUCUGCAAGGUGGCAACACACAGAAAAUGUGAAGCAAAGGUGACUUCGUCCUGUCAGGCCCUGCCUCCCGCGGAGCUGCGAAGAAACACGGCCCCAGUGAGGCGCAUAGAGCACCUGGGAUCCACCAAGUCUCUGAACCACUCAAAGCAGCGCAGCACUCUGCCCAGGAGCUUCAGCCUGGACCCGCUCAUGGAGCGCCGCUGGGACUUGGACCUCACCUACGUGACGGAGCGGAUCCUGGCCGCCGCCUUCCCCGCGCGGCCGGACGAGCAGCGACACCGGGGCCACCUGCGCGAGCUGGCUCACGUGCUGCAAUCCAAGCACGGAGACAAGUACCUGCUCUUCAACCUUUCAGAGAAAAGACAUGACCUGACCCGCCUAAACCCCAAGGUCCAGGACUUCGGCUGGCCUGAGCUGCACGCACCCCCCUUGGACAGGCUGUGCUCCAUCUGCAAAGCCAUGGAGACGUGGCUCAGUGCUGACCCCCAGCACGUGGUCGUACUGUACUGCAAGGGGAGCAAGGGCAAGCUCGGGGUCAUCGUCUCUGCCUACAUGCACUACAGCAAGAUCUCCGCAGGGGCGGACCAGGCAUUGGCUACUCUUACCAUGCGGAAGUUCUGCGAGGACAAGGUGGCCGCGGAGCUGCAGCCCUCCCAGCGCCGGUAUAUCAGCUACUUCAGUGGUCUGCUGUCGGGCUCCAUCAGAAUGAACAGCAGCCCUCUAUUCCUGCACUACGUGCUUGUGCCUGUGCUGCCAGCCUUUGAACCUGGCACAGGCUUCCAGCCCUUCCUCAAGAUCUACCAGUCCAUGCAGCUUGUCUACACAUCUGGAAUCUAUCACAUUGCAGGCCCUAGUCCCCAGCAGCUCUGCAUCAGCCUGGAGCCAGCCCUCCUCCUCAAAGGCGAUGUCAUGGUGACCUGCUAUCACAAGGGUAGCCGGGGGACGGACCGGACCCUCGUGUUCCGAGUCCAGUUCCACACAUGCACCAUCCACGGGCCACGGCUCGCCUUCCCCAAGGACCAGCUGGAUGAGGCCUGGACUGAUGAGAGGUUCCCCUUCCAAGCCUCGGUGGAGUUCGUCUUCUCCUCCAGCCCAGAGAAGAUCAAAGGCAGCAGCCCCCGCAACGAGGCCUCCGUCUCUGUUGACUACAACACCGCAGAGCCCGCCGUGCGCUGGGACUCCUACGAGAACUUCAACCUGCACCAUGAGGACAGUGUGGAUGACUCCCUCACCCACACCCGGGGACCCCUGGAUGGCAGUCCCUAUGCGCAGGUGCAGCGCGGUCUCCGCCAGACCCCGCCGGCGCCCUCUCCGGAACCGCCUGCCCCGCCGCUGCUCUCCGUCAGCAGCGACUCUGGCCACUCAUCCACGCUGACCACCGAGCCGGCGGCCGAGUCCCCCGGCCGGCCCCCCCCGACGGCUGCCGAGCGGCAGGAGCUAGAUCGCCUCCUAGGAGGCUGUGGAGUGGCCAGCGGGGGCCGGGGAGCCGGGCGCGAGACAGCCAUCCUCGACGACGAAGAGCAGCCCCCCGUGGGCGGAGGCCCCCCCCUCGGGCUGUAUUCAGGCCACAGGCCCGGCCUCAGCCGCCACUGCUCCUGCCGCCAGGGCUACCGGGAACCCUGCGGGGUCCCCAACGGGGGCUACUACCGGCCAGAGGGAACCCUGGAGAGGCGGCGGCUGGCCUACGGGGGCUACGAGGGGCCCCCCCAGGGCUAUGCUGAGGCCUCCGUGGAGAAGAGGCGCCUCUGCCGGUCGCUGUCCGAGGGGCCGUACCCCUACCCACCCGAGCUGGGGAAACCGGCCAGUGGGGACUUUGGCUACCGCCCCCCAGGCUACCGGGAGGUGGUGAUCCUGGAGGACCCCGGGCUGCCGGCCCUGUGCUCCUGCCCCGCCUGUGAGGAGAAGCUGGCGCUGCCCACGGCAGCCCUCUAUGGGCUGCGGCUGGAGAGGGAGGCUGGAGAGGGGUGGGCGAGCGAGGCUGGCAAGCCCCUCCUGCACCCGGUGCGACCUGGGCACCCGCUGCCCCUGCUGGUGCCUGCCUGCGGGCACCACCACGCCCCGCUGCCUGACUACAGCUGCCUGAAGCCACCCAAGGCAGGCGAGGAAGGGCAUGAGGGCUGCUCCUACGCCAUGUGCCCCGAAGGCAGGUAUGGGCAUCCAGGGUACCCUGCCCUGGUGACAUACAGCUAUGGAGGAGCAGUCCCCAGUUACUGCCCAGCGUAUGGCCGGGUGCCUCACGGCGAGGGCAGAGGGUAUCCCAGCUCCGGUGCCCACUCCCCACGGGCCGGCUCCGUUUCCCCGGGCAGCCCGCCCUACCCCCAAUCCAGGAAGCUGAGCUACGAGAUCCCUGCAGAGGAGGGAGGGGACAGGUAUCCGCUGCCCGGGCACCUGGCCCCAGCAGGACCCUUGGCAUCGGCAGAGUCGCCCGAACCAGUGUCGUGGCGGGAGGGCCCCAGUGGGCACAGUACCCUGCCUCGGUCUCCCCGAGAUGCCCAGGGCAGUGCCUCCUCUGAGUUGUCUGGUCCCUCCACACCCCUGCACACCAGCAGCCCAGUCCAGGGCAAGGAGAGCUCCCGACGGCAGGACACCAGGUCCCCCACGUUGGCGCCCACUCAGAGACUGAGUCCUGGCGAGGCCUUGCCACCUGUUUUGCAGGGAGGUGCUGAAAAGGCCUCGGAGCUGCCAGCAAGAAGUGGGCCUGAGCCUCCAGCCCCUGGCCCCUUCUCCCCAGCCUCCCCGCCUGGCUCACCUGACUGGCCUCAGGAGAGGAGCCCGGGGGGCCGCUCAGAGAGUGCCAGUCCAAGGGGCCCUGUGCCCACCACACUGCCCGGCCUCCGCCACACCCCCUGGCAGGGCCUUCGAGACCCCCCGGACAGCCCAGAUGGGUCCCCCCUCACCCCUGUGCCUACUCAGAUGCCCUGGCUUGUGGCCAACCCAGAGCCACCUCAGAGUUCACCCACACCUGCCUUCCCUUUGGCUACAUCAUAUGAUGUCAGUGGCCCCACCCAGCCCCCACUGCCAGAGAAACGCCACCUGCUGGGGGCUGGGCAACAGUCAGGACCCUGGGGCCCAGAGCACGCAUCACAAGCAUCACCGCCAGCCAGAAGCACCAGCCACCAUGUCACCUUUGCACCUCUGCUCCCGGAUAGUGCCCCCCACCCCCAGCCCCCUAUGCAAGAGAGCCAGAGCAAUGUCAAGUUCGUCCAGGAUACAUCCAAAUUCUGGUAUAAGCCACACCUGUCCCGUGACCAAGCCAUCGCCCUGCUGAAGGACAAGGACCCUGGGGCCUUCCUGAUCAGGGACAGCCAUUCAUUCCAAGGAGCCUAUGGGCUAGCUCUCAAGGUGGCUACGCCCCCACCCAGUGCCCAGCCCUGGAAAGGGGACCCCUCGGAACAGCUGGUCCGCCACUUUCUCAUUGAGACUGGACCCAAAGGCGUGAAGAUCAAGGGCUGUCCCAGCGAGCCCUACUUUGGGAGCCUGUCGGCCCUGGUGUCCCAGCACUCCAUCUCCCCACUGUCCCUGCCCUGCUGCCUGCGCAUCCCUAGCAAAGAUCCCCUGGAGGAGGCCCCAGAGGCCCCAGUGCCCACCAACAUGAGCACGGCGGCAGACCUCCUGCGUCAGGGCGCCGCCUGCAGUGUGCUCUACCUGACCUCAGUGGAGACCGAGUCGCUGACGGGCCCCCAGGCGGUGGCGCGGGCCAGCUCAGCAGCUCUGAGCUGCAGCCCCCGGCCAACACCAGCCAUUGUCCACUUCAAGGUCUCAGCGCAGGGCAUCACGCUGACAGACAACCAAAGGAAGCUCUUCUUUCGCCGCCAUUACCCAGUGAACAGCAUCACCUUCUCCAGCACCGACCCUCAGGACCGGAGAUGGACCAACCCCGACGGGACCACCUCCAAGAUCUUUGGUUUCGUGGCCAAGAAGCCGGGAAGCCCCUGGGAGAAUGUGUGUCACCUCUUUGCAGAGCUUGACCCAGAUCAGCCCGCAGGCGCCAUUGUCACCUUCAUCACCAAAGUUCUACUGGGCCAGAGAAAAUGAAGGCAAGCCCACAAGCUCCGAGCCCACGUUGACACUGCGCCCCUCUCAACGCCCCACAGCCCUCACUUCCCCUGCCUGGACCCAGGAAACCCGGGAACCAGCCCCUCCCCUGCGAAUGGGGAGUGGACACCGGGCCUGGGACACUGCUCUCCUUCCCUGCCCCCAGCCUGCUAAGCCAAAUGGAUGGGCCUAUGAAAUGACCUUGCAAGUGAGCAGAUGGCAGAGAUGGGUGUGUGAAGGGUGAGGAGGCAUCAGCAGUGGAGCCGUGGAGGGGAUCAGGGCAGCCCCACCUGCAGGGGAACAUCAGUGCUGGAGGGGAGCCAGGCCCUGCCAGCGCCACCCGGCGGCAGGUCCCUGCAUGGCAGGGAGGCGGAGGGGCGGAGCAAGGCACUCCCUUCUCCAUGUCCCCUCGGAGCAGAGAGAUCAGAGAUCGGAGUGGCAUCACAUGAAAUGGGGGGAGAAAAAGAGUCUAUUUUUGUCUAAUAAUAAAGAGUUCCUAUAAUGUUUAGUUGAA